AGUAUAUACUAUAUUUUGAAGUUAGACAGCAAGACUGAUUAAUCAGAUGUUGGUAUUUUAAACACUCCAGUCCAGCAGGAGGCGGAAAUGCGCCAGAAAUUGUUUUGCAAACUGCCAGAAAACAUAAGAAGAAGAAAUAAGAGCUCCAGACAGUUUGAGCUCUCGGUUCGAUAUUACAGAUUCUUUUCAUUGGGUGAUUCAUUAUUUUAACCAUCUCUCUGAAUAUCUGAAGAUGUUCAUCAUGAGAGAGCAGGUGGAUGUGAUCUUCUGUAAAUCAGUAGGAACUGAUCUGUCCAUGCUGGAUAUUGAUGAUUUCAUCACAGAAAUCUCUCAGCUGAAGAUAGAGGUGACGUCACUGAAGACAAAGCUGAAAGAACUCUGUUCAUCCUGCACCUGUUUAGAGCGAGUUAAACUUGAGAUUGAGCUGGAAAAGGUUUCCUGUCAAUCUUCAGUGUGUGUGACUGAUGGGACCUCCACAGAAUGUCAGGAUUCAGUGUGGAGCGGCAGAGAUCAGUCCACACCACAGCAGCUGCUGGACAUACUCUCUGAACAGAGAUCCAGAGACACACAGGACUCACAGCUCACUUUACUCUGUUCUACUGAUGCUCAGGAGAGUGUGUGUGACAGUAAUCAGGGUGAUCAAACCUCCACAGAGUCUCUGACUUCUGUCUGUAACGCUGGAGAACAGCAGAUGCUGCAGACACCAGUGAAGAUUGAAGUGAAGCAGGAGGAGAUAAAAGAAGAAAACACAACAGAGGAACAACAGAGUGAUGAAGAUGAUGAUGAACAGCAGAUGCUGCAGACACCAGUGAAGAUUGAAGUGAAGCAGGAGGAGAUAAAAGAAGAGGAGCACAGUGAUGAAGGUGAUUUUAUUCCUUCAGGGGAGAGUGGGGACGGUUGCAACAAGGGGCAGUUGCAACAUGGCUUAUUCCUUCAAUCAGGAAUGAGCUACAAUGAUGAUAUUCAUACUGCACAUGCUCAGUUAGUCCCUCCUCCUUCCUGGAAGAAAGCAGCUACAUGUGACCAUUCCUUCUGCAAAAAAUACUUUUCAAGUAGGCCUAUGCCACGAGAGAGGAAACGCACAACAGAUAGGGGUGUCCCUCUACCUGUUCUGACAUUAGCAGCAAACAUAGUGAAGGAUAAAGGCAGGACAGUGAGGUCUGUGGCAAAGGACUUUGCCAUUUGCCACACAACCCUCUAUCGAUUUAUUAAAAAGAGAGAGAAGCUAGGCCCAGGAGAGGAGGUAAAGGCAGGGUACUGGACUCCCAGGAGGGUCUUUUCUGAACAACAGGAAAAGAGCCUCGCAGAAUAUCUAAAAACUGCAGCUGAUCUAUUCUAUGGUCUGAGCACCAAAGAGGUUCGGCGAUUUGCCUUCCAGCUGGCUGUGCAUUAUCACUGUAAUUAUCCUGAAACCUGGAAUGAGAACUCCAUGGCCAGCCGUGAUUGGUUCAUGGCUUUUAUGAAGAGGCAGCCCUGUCUUUCUGUACAGUGCCCACAACCUACCAGUUUAUCUAGAGCCACAAGUUUUAAUCAACAUAAUGUUUCCCAGUUUUUUGACAAUCUCAGCAAGGUGCUAGAUAAGCACAAAUUUCAUGCAAAAGACGUGUGGAACAUGGAUGAAACAGGGGUUACAACUCUCCAAAACCCAGAAAAUAUUGUUGCCAGGCACGGUGAUAGACAGGUUGGGUCAUCUACAUCAGCAGAGAGAGGGACACUUGUGACCCUUGCUUGUGCAGUUAAUGCACUGGGGAAUAUGAUUCCACCCCACUUUGUAUUCCCUCGUGUCCAUUUCAGAGACCAUUUUAUUCAUGAUGGCCCACCUGGAUGCAUUGGAACAGCCAAUGCAUCUGGGUGGAUGCUGGAGGAGGACUUUAUUGUGUUCCUAAAACACUUUAAACACCACACUAAGUCCUCAGUGGAUGCUAAAGUCCUGCUUAUACUGGACAACCACUCAUCCCAUCUGUCUUUGAGAGGAAUAGAUUUCUGUAGAGACAAUGGAAUUGUCCUGCUUUCUUUCCCACCCCACUGCUCUCACAAACUACAGCCAUUGGAUCGCAGUGUUUAUGGUCCUCUAAAACGGGCUGUGAACUCUUUCUGUGACUCUUGGAUGAAGAGCCACCCAGGCCUAACAAUGUCAAUAGAUGACAUUCCUGGCAUUGUUAGGUUGGCCCUCCCUUUGGCAGCAACACCAGCAAAUGUGCAGUCAGGUUUUAGGUGCACUGGUAUUUGGCCAUUUAAUCGGGAGGUCUUCCAAGAUGUUGACUUUGCACCAUCUUUGGUGACAGACCGUCCUCCUCCACCUGCUGCAGCUCCACCAGUGCCAUCUGCACUGCCUGCACCUUCUGCACAUCCACCACUGCCACCUGUGCUGCUUGCACCUGCCAUAACUGCACAAGUGCCACCUUCCUAUAGAGAUUUCUCACCUGAGACCCUACGACUUCACCCAAAAGCAGGACCAAGAAAAGUCUCAAAAGGGAAGAGAAAGCGGAAAACUGCAAUUCUUACAGACACCCCAGAGAAAGAGGCACUAGAAUGGGAAAAGAGGCCCCCAGAAAGUUAGGAGAAAGUUGAAUGAAAAUACAACCAAACAAAGAGGGGAAAAAAACAUAGACAAUGACACUCAUUGACAGAAGAGGAUUUCUGCAUUGUUUGUUUGGAGAGUUACUCGAAACCAAGAGAGGUUUGGGUACAGUGCUGGCAAUGCAAGGCAUGGGCUCACCAGGUCUGCACUGAUGGAGGAGCCAUUUAUACUUGCCACAGCUGCAAGUCUGAUGUGGACUAAUUUCCUUCUCUCUUACCCUCUUUCUGUCACACACACAAAAGCUACAUCACACACACAUACAGACACACACACACACACACAAAUAAUGGCUUACCUGCAUAUCCAGAUGCACACUUGGAAUACUUUCCAACAUUCACUUAAACACACACACAUAAUUCAGUUCAGUAAGCUUUCAUCUGAUGUGGAUUUCUUCUCUCUCACCCUCUCUCUGUCACACACAUACAUCACAUGCACAUACAGACACGCACACACACACACACUUACCUGCAUAUCCAGGUGCACACUUAAGAAUAUAUUCCAACAUUCACUUUCACACACACACACACACACACACACACACACACACACACAGUUCAGUAAGCUUUCACAGAAGUAUUAUUAAAUUUCAUUGUCUUGAUUUUGAUUAAAAAAAUAUUUUGUAGUUCAAAUGUAUUGUAAUAAUAAAAUCAAAACAUGGUUGUUACUUGUUACUUGAAAAUGUGUUUUUUCCUUUUACUUGUCUUUGUCUUUAUACAGCCAAUUUAACUUCGUGAAGACCCUGUCUGUGCACAAGUAAAAUAAAGAAAUUGCAAAAUGAUGUUAAAUAAUGAUUUUAUUACAUUUUAAUGAAUGUUGCAACUGCCCCUGUUGACUGUUUCAACCGUCCCCUGUUUUGGGGUCAGUUGCAACAUUUGACUUUGUCUAUUCAAGUAUAAAUUGUACGUAUAUUAUCAUAUGUACACAUGUUACAGCAGUAUGGGUGGGUAGCUGACAGAUGUGGGUUUAAUGUAUUACAAUUUUGGCUUUCCAAUACAAACAGUCUCUGAGAAACUGAAGGAAAUGCAAAAAAGUGUUGCAACCAUCCCCACUCUCCACAUUGCAUAUGUGCAUUGUCUCUCAGACUUGGUUAAUUUAAUAAAUAUAUAACAGCCAUCAGUCCCACACUUUUGGCUUAUAGCUGGUGAGGAGGCUUUUCAAACAGACAGAUCCAUGAGGUGAGCCGAUGGGCAGAGAAGUAGGAUAUAACAUAGGGAGCGACAGUGUUACUCACUAGGAUAGUAUGUUUUGAAUAAAUGGUCAGAAAGGUCACGUAAUUUAGCGCGAGCACGACACCGAACUGAUGCAGAGUGUGAGAAGCGGAGUGCCCGUCUGUGUGCGUUUAUGGCGCAAGCACCUGCCGCUGACUGACUGCAACAUUUGCACAACGGACUGCACGAAACAAAUGAUGUUCAGUGAAAAUUACAAUGAAUGAAUGUAUUUCAAGCUAUAUCAGAUAUUAUUAGUAAAACAAUAGGAACUCUUUGCGGGGGCAGUCUUUUUGCCCCCAUAUUUUGAAUUUCAGGGGCAUUUUUGGCUUUUGGUUUUAUCACGUCGCUCGCUUGCGGAUACGCGGUAUAACGCAAUGUGCAUGUCGAUUGAACAGGUUUAGAAAGGUUAAUACUUCUGUAACAUCUUAAGUUCACUAAGUAUGGGACACUAACUCCCUCACUGCACACGCUCACACUAAACACGUGCUCAGCACGCUGCUGACAGCUGCACGAGAGAGAAAGUGCAGAGUGACAGUGCAUAUUUACUCGUGCAUCUUCUGAAAUUUGCAGUUUGAUACAAAAAUAAGUUUAUUGAUUUGAUUUGUUCAUUUGUAUCUACUUGUUUAAUAUGACAUGAGUGUGAGUACAUGAUGGGUGGAUUAUUCCUUUAGUGCUAUAAUUUUAGAAAGAAAGAACAAAUUAAAACUCAUAUCAGUCGAUCACUACUUAACUAGUGGUUGACCGAUAUGGGUUUUUUAAUGGCUGAUGUUGAUAUCCAGAGGACAGGGUGUCUGACAGGCUGAUAUAUUUACAUUUAUGCAUUUGGCAGACGCUUUUAUCCAAAGUGACUUACAAUGCACUUAUUACAGAGCAACGUGGAGUAAAGUGUCUUGCUCAAGGACACAAUGGUGGUGGCUGUGGGGAUCAAACCAGCAACCAGUUAUGUGCUUUAGCCCACUACACCACCACCACUCUUAUACCAUCUGCAAAUAUGCGCAUAUCUUUUUUAAACAGAUGUAAUAAACCAACCUCACACAACUUCAGCAUCCUGUGGAGUGCUAAUUAAUAUAGUAAAUAACAUUAACUUAAAAUUGUAAAAAAAAAAAAAAAACAACUCUUGUUUAGCACUAUAUUUACUCAAUUACACACAAAACUUUAACUAUGUAAAAAAGAAUCUUAAAAAAAUUAUAUUGUAUUUUAAAUGGUAGAUAGUAGUUUCUUCUGAUUUUUGUUUAGUCAUCAAAGUUUAGUAAUUUAUUUGCACAUGAAGAAAUUGGUAGUAUAUUAGGAAGGACAUAACAGUACACACAGUAGUCCAGCAACCAUUGGUGGCAUGUCCACGUUAGCAAUCGCAUUUUCUCAAAAAAUACAGAAUCAAACCAAUUGUACAUACAGUGCAUAGCGAAUAAGACAUUUACUUAUAGCACACGUGAAGCUCUUUUACAUUGAAGUUAUUGUAAUUUACAAUAACCAGAGUCUAUUUAGCAGAGAUGGGCCACUUCUAUUAAAAUGAAUGGGAAAAGUCAGAACGCCCAACUGGAGUCAAUGGAUGUAGAUAGGUAAAAGAGCCAAUCACCUUUUAGAUACAGACAUCACCUGUCAAUCAACUCGAGAACACGCAUGCGCUUCAGAGGAAGAUAUUAGAUGAGCGCUCGAUGGGAAGAAAAUGAGGGAUUUUCAGGAGGUUCGUGAAUUACAUCUGUUUAAACGAGAUAUGCGCAUAUUUGCAGAUGGUAUAUGACAUUAGUUUUAUUGAUAUUUGCAUUUUUAUCAUUAGACAAGACAGUUAAAAGUUACAGGGAACUGUUGAAGAGAGAGCGUGAGAAUGAAACAGGUGAGCACUUUAACAUUAUCAGAUCAAACGCAUCUGCCGCGGCUCUGAUAUGUGGACUGUUUAAAUGAGACUAUGUUGCACACUGGUCUAUUAAUGUAGUAACGCGAUGGCACAUAACAGCAAAAUUAACCAUGACUGGUCGUUUACAUGUCUCAGUCACUUCACAUGCAAGCAGGCGAUUCUCGGCACCCUCAAGAAACAAAUCGGCCAAAGGGGGAAAUUUAUCGGCCGAUGCUGAUAAUGAACAAAGUCAGAAUAUUGGCCGAUUUAUCGGCCUCGGCGAUAUAUCGGUCGACCACUAUAGUUAACACAGCUAAAAUAUCAAUUCACAAUAAUUUAAAUAAUUGAAAAACUGGCAGGAGUCAACUGUGCACUUUGCUAGUUUUAAUACUUUUUAUGACAUAAACUGGUGAGAUUCUAUACACCCUGUUCCAUUACUGUUCUAGGAAGACAAUAUGUAAAAGAAUUCAAAAUCCUCGGGCUCUGGAGACAUUAAAAGACACUUACGUGCUCAAGCUGAUGCCCCCGAGCAGGCCACGGGCCUUGGAGUGGAUUUGGUUGGAGAGAUGUGGGAAAUGCGGUGGGAGAUGCUGAACAUGACGGUAAUACUGACGAAGGUUGUUGCUGACUUGGAGGAUCUUGCUGUGAUAAGUCGAUCGAUCACUGCCAUGGAGGCGAAGUUCACUGAUGUGGUUACAAGAGUGGGGAUGUCGAGAAAAGGUGGAUUUGGAGCAUGUCUGGGAGAAGUUGGAGGUCAUGGAAUACCGUACUCAGCGGAAUAAUGUCCACAUUGUCGGAGAUCCGGAGGGAGUAGAGAGACAGGAUAUGUUGAAAUUCCUGGAUGGGCUCUUUCCGAAUCUGCUCGACAUAGCAGGCCAUUAGCUGAAAAUCAAGCGAGCUCACAGGGUUCCUGCAAGGCGAUCCACGGAGGGAGACAGGCCUGAUCAAUUCUGGCCAAAUUUCUGAGAUCAUCCGAUAAAGAUCUUUUGUUACGUGAGGCGAGGAGUAAAGGACGGCUUUCUUGGAAGAAUCACAGCAUUUUCUUGGAAGAACCAGACUUUGCGAACUCGAUGAGAGAAACGUGAUCGAUUCAAGAAAUGCAAGAAACUUUUACAUCAAAGGAAGUUUGCUUUUGCACUGAUAUUCCCUGCCAAAUUGAGAAUAGAUGCUAAGGAUGGCCGUAAAACAUUCACAUGCCCACAGCAAGCGAUGUCCUUCAUAAAGUCAAUGGAGUGAGUGACUCAUCUUGUUGUAUUCACUUUGUAGCCGAGUGGACCAGCUCGCUGAACAUCUGCUUGACUGUUUGGGGAAUCUUCGUGCUUUUUUGUGCUGGUUCCGCCUGGAGGCUGGAGUUAAUUUUGUAGAGUAACACACCUUCAGGACAGUUUUGUGGAUGAAUCUGCACACUCUUUGUGCUUAGUCUGCCCAUCGGCUGGAGUUAUUUUGUAGAGUAACGCACCUUCAGGGCAGUUUUAUGGAUGAAUCUAUAUGCUCUUUGUGUUUAUUCCACCUAUCAGCUUGAGUUUGUUUUAUAGAUUAGCUUUUGCUGUGUAAUUCUGUCUCACAAAAUUUGUAUAGAAACACAGGACUUAAGCAAUCCGAUGGCAAGGUUGUCACGGGAGCUCUCGUAGGCGUGCAUGGACUGUUCGAGUUUAGAGGGAUAGAUGCCAGUUGGCACUGUUGUGCGCGGGGUUAAUGUGUAUGCUUUUCUUUUAUUCGUUUGUUUGGUUCUGGGGGAUGUUCGGGUUUUGAUGGUUGCACUAAUGUUGGAAUGUGGUCUUUAUAAUCUUUUUUUUUUUUGAUACACAAUCUAUUUUUUCUUAUAUCUCAAAAUGUCAAAUAUUAAUAUGAGCGGAUUGUUUCUCUCCAUGUGGAAUGUGAAUGGGCUGGGGGACCCCAUAAAAAUAAGUUAUUUCUCUUCUUAAGCUUAAGAAAUAUGAUAUAGUGUUUCUUCAAGAAAUGCACCUUUCUCCGCAGGAAGCUGAAAAAUUUGGGAAGAUAUGGGGUGGGCAUUUUUUUAUAGUGCUGGCUCGAGUAAGAGCAGGGGAGUCAUUACACUGAUAAGUAAACAUCUACAGUUCAAAUGUCUCAAACAGAGUAAAGAUAAAUUAGGAAGAGUCAUUAUUUUUUAGCAGAAAUUCAAGGACAAAGUCUUAUUUUGGCUAAUAUUUAUGUACCUAACAUUGAUGAUCAUGGCUUUUUUUUUAUAGAUCUUGAAGGGAUGUUGCAAGCAGCUGACAUGCCUCAUGAUAUAACAUUGGGAGGAGACUUUAAUCAUUUGAUGGACUCAGUCCUUGAUCAUUGUGCAGCAAAAGUGUGCAAGCCGCCUAGAGUAACAUUGACACUUCACAGGAUGUGUAAAAAAUUUUGGUAUUACAGAUAUUUGGAGCACUACAGUCUCUAAGUUUUACUGGUGCCAAAAACAAAAAACAUCCAGUGAGCGGCAGUUCUGUGGACAGAAACACCUUGUUGAUGAGAGAGGUCAACAGAGAAUGGCCAGAUUGGUUUGAACUGACAAAGUCUACGGUAACUCAGAUAACCUCUCUGUACAAUUGUAGUGAGAAGAAGAUUUAUCUCAGAAUGCUAUUCUGAGAUGUGGGUUGGUGCUGUUUUGGCGGCACGAGGGGGAUCUACACAAUAUUAGGCAGGUGGUUUUAAUGUUGUGGCUGA